AUGGACGACAGGCCUGCUGCGACAACCGCACCUCUGCCUCCGCGCGCCGACGAGCCCGACUCGAGAAACAGCUUGCGACACAUCCUGGCCGCAGACCCCCAAAUGGACGACUCCAAGCCCGACGCAUCGCAAGCAAACACGCCUGUCCCCGAUGAGAGCGAAGCUGGCGGCGAUGCGCCAGAUGCCUCGCGGCCAGCCAACGACAACGACCCUGCGCGACCAUACUACACGGCAACAACCACGACGACCCGCCGCAAUGCCAACGGGAGCGUGUCGUCCGUCUACAGUGGGAAUAAGAUCAAGCAUUUGAAGAAGGACGAUGGCAUCCCGCUGUGGCGCAAGGACAUCCAGUUCGACUUCCUCAAGCUCGUCUUCGAGGACGACAAGCGCGUCUUCACCAAGCAAUCCGACAGCACCAGCGGCCACACGUUUGCCGACAUCUACCUCGAUGCCAUGGCCAAGAGCAGCAAGUGCAGCAAGAUCCUGAAGGACAAGCUGCUGACUGAGCGCCCGGCUGCCAUCAACAUGGCCAUGGUGUGUCUGCUGGUCAACGUCGGGCGCAUGAACACUACCCUGAAUUUCUUCCCAGAGAUGCGCGCCCAGCUACGAACCUACCACUCCAUCCCCUCGCUCCAAGCCCACCAAGAUCCCAAUGCCUACAAGCAGCUUCAGGAUGCGCCGCGGUUGAAGUCUAUCCUAAAGGGAGCGACUGAAGACCAUGAGCAGCCCAGCACCAUCGAGGAAAUAAUGGCAGCUUCCAUACCGCGCACGAACCCGGUCAACCUCAUCUUCGUUCUGUCACAAUACGCACCCAAGAUCUCAGAACUACACUUCUUCCCGCCUCGCGACUUCUUCGACCUCGUCAUGCGCUCCAACCUGAGCAGUAAGAGCAGAGCCACAGCCUUCCUAUGGCUCAUGUGGUGGUAUCUUGAGAGCGACUUCACCAAAGAAGCUGCCGAGAACAAUCCUUUUGGCCCUGGACAGAUGGGACCGCCUGAUGACCCGACUACGGCAGAGUUCCCAAUCAAGUGUCCGCCCUUUGAAAUACUUUCGCCUGAGCAGGAGGCGCUGGAGAACGUCGAUUCGACCGAGGAGAAGGCAUUUGGUGAGAUCAAGCGCAAGGAGAGAACAGCUAUAUUGGCAAGCGACAUGGCGCCAGUUGUCACAGGCCCAAAGCGGACGAACAAAAGGGUGAGUUUCAACCAAAACCCGGUCUUCUCAAUAGCCGCCGAUGAUGGUGCUUCGACACCUGGCCGUGACAGACAAUCGCCAUCCCAUGGCUCCGCGAGAGGACGUGGCAAGCUUGCCAAAUCGAUCAUCGAACGAGAUUACCCCUCAGACACCGACCGUACCCGGUCAGCAUCCCCUCCGAACAGCGUCUAUAACACAGCCAAGAAGGUGGCCACGCCUAACAUGCGCAUCAACACCCUCCUCAACGAAGAUGGACCCGCCUCUUCUCCCGCACCCAAGGGGCCCGGCCGCGGGAACUGGUCGCGCAAUCGCACAUCAGGGAUAGGUGCCGGGGGAACACCAGCAGCACGUAGCUUCAAGACCAAACUCGACGGUCCAACCUCGCAAGACGGCCAAUCUCCCUCUACAUCCGCGCCCACCUUCAACGGUCCACACGGCUUCUACCUCCCACUCAACGGGUCUGAUCCCUCUCACAAACGCACACGUCCCCUCACACAACACCAACUCGCCGUCGAGCAAUACCGUCGGCGACGCGUAGAUGUCAUCCUCGACCGCGGAAUCCGCAUCGAGUACGCCGCCGCCGCUAAACGCCGCCGCAAAGCCAACCCCUUCAUGCGCAGCUGGAUCCGCUGCAAAGGUAUGGCAGACGGCUAUGAUACAGAUGAAGAAUCGCACGCACAAUUCGCUCAACUCCCCGACUAUGAACUCGGCACCAAAACACCGCCACCCAUGCCCUCUGGCCUCGUUCCCUUGGAUUUCGGCGGCGAAGUCAACGACCACGGCGAGGAAUCCUACUAUCGCGCUAAGAUGCUUAGCAGAGCUUUGCGUCGUCUGGAUCGCUGGGAGGGUGGUAAGAGUGCGUCUAGAGGGAGACCCAAGGGGGAGAGGAGUAGUGGGUUACCGGAUGUGAAUGAGGGGAGACCUGUCAUGGGUAGUGAGGAUGAAGAUGACGAGGAUGACGAUGGUGAUUUGAUGGAUGUGGAUGAGAUGGAGAGGAGGGAGGCGUUGGAAGAUGCGAGUGAAGAGGACAGCGACGAGGAUGUUGAUAUGGAGGGUGAGAGGAGGUGGGAUUCUAGUACCCUUCCGCCGUUACCUAGGAUGGCGUAG